AUGCUCAUCCAUCACAGUAUUUCUUACACAAUCAAGAACCUACCUCCUACGUCAACAACAGAGAGUCAGGCCAUCACCAUCGGGGCCAACGGCACAGAUAUCAACAUCAUUAACAUCUACAUUCCUCCACAAUCAGUCUGCCCCUUCGGCUUCUCAGCUUCAAUAUCACAAUAUUUGGCCAUCCCAAACGUGGUUCUGUUGGGAGACGUAAACGCGCAUGAUGCGCUUUGGUACUCCAGUUUGGAGGAUUCUCGUGGAGAAUCUUUAGUCAACGAAAUUGAAAAUUCAGGCUGCGGCACACUCAAUCUGGAUAUCCCAACCCGUCUCCCCUAA